CGGACCUUCGCAACUUAGAGAACAACGUCGCAGCAGCUCCACAAAAAAAUCUAAAUAAAAUCCAGCAAAUAUGUGUUUAUACAGCAAAUAAAUUGUGCCAGGGAGUUAAAUAUUGCUGUUCGCGCACAUCGAGCAUGUCCCACCCACAAUUGCUGCUUCGUCUGCUGCUCUGCCUUGGCCUCAGCUGCGUGCUGAUUGAGGCGCGCACUGCCAAACGCUCGGAUGUCUAUAUAGCGGGCUUCUUUCCCUAUGGCGAUGGCGUGGAGAAUUCCUAUACAGGGCGCGGCGUUAUGCCGAGUGUUAAGCUGGCGCUAGGACAUGUCAACGAGCAUCCGCAGAUCCUGACAAAUUAUCGUUUGCACAUGUGGUGGAAUGAUACGCAAUGCAACGCCGCUGUCGGUGUCAAAUCCUUCUUCGACAUGAUGCACUCGGGUCCCAAUAAAGUGAUGCUCUUUGGCGCUGCCUGCACUCACGUCACCGAUCCCAUUGCCAAGGCCAGCAAGCAUUGGCAUCUGACGCAGCUCAGCUAUGCGGACACACAUCCCAUGUUCACCAAGGAUGCGUUUCCCAACUUCUUUCGCGUGGUGCCCUCGGAGAAUGCCUUCAAUGCGCCACGUCUUGCGCUGCUCAGGGAGUUCAACUGGACUCGGGUGGGAACUGUGUAUCAGAAUGAACCGCGCUAUUCGCUGCCACACAAUCAUAUGGUGGCCGAUCUGGACUCCAUGGAACUGGAGGUGGUGGAGACUCAGAGUUUUGUCAAUGAUGUGGCGGAGAGUCUUAAAAAGCUGCGUGAGAAGGAUGUGCGCAUUAUUCUAGGCAACUUCAAUGAGCAUUUCGCACGCAAAGUAUUCUGCGAAGCUUACAAAUUGGAGAUGUAUGGCCGCGCCUUUCAGUGGCUAAUCAUGGCCACCUAUUCGACGGAUUGGUGGAAUGUCACGCUGGACAGCGAGUGUACAGUAGAGGAGAUUGCCAUUGCCUUGGAAGGUGCCAUCUUGGUGGAUCUUUUACCACUUUCCACUAGCGGCGACAUCACAGUUGCUGGCAUUACUGCCGAUGAGUAUCUGGUGGAGUACGAUAGGCUACGCGGUCUUGAGUAUUCGCGCUUCCAUGGUUAUACCUAUGAUGGUAUCUGGGCAGCUGCUUUGGCCAUUCAAUAUGUGGCUGAGAAACGUGAAGAUUUGCUCACGCAUUUCGAUUAUCGUGUCAAGGAUUGGGAAAACAUCUUCCUCGAAGCGCUGCGCAACACUUCCUUCGAAGGAGUCACGGGUCCCGUACGCUUCUAUAACAACGAACGCAAAGCCAAUAUAUUGAUUACCCAGUUUCAACUGGGACAAAUGGAAAAGAUUGGAGAAUAUCAUUCACAGCAGGCGCAUUUGGACAUGACGUUGGGCAAACCGGUGCGUUGGGUGGGCAAAACACCGCCCAAGGAUCGAACUUUGAUCUACAUCGAACACAGCCAGGUGAAUCCCACCAUCUACAUUGUGUCAGCCAGCGCCUCAGUCAUUGGCGUAAUCAUUGCCACCGUUUUUCUGGCCUUCAACAUUAAGUAUCGCAAUCAACGUUAUAUAAAAAUGUCUAGUCCGCAUUUGAAUAAUCUCAUCAUUAUUGGCUGCAUGUUAACCUAUCUGAGCAUCAUAUUCCUGGGUCUGGACACCACAUUAAGUAGUGUUGCCGCCUUUCCCUUCAUUUGCACUGCACGCGCUUGGAUUUUGAUGGCUGGCUUCAGUUUGGCCUUUGGCGCCAUGUUCUCGAAGACAUGGCGUGUGCACUCGAUCUUCACCGAUCUGAAACUCAACAAGAAGGUGAUCAAGGACUAUCAGCUAUUCAUGGUUGUGGGAGUGCUGUUGGCCAUAGAUAUAGCUAUUAUUACUACCUGGCAGAUCGCUGAUCCUUUCUAUCGUGAGACAAAGCAACUAGAGCCAAAGCACCAUGAGAACAUUGAUGAUGUGCUUGUGAUACCCGAGAAUGAAUACUGCCAAUCAGAGCACAUGACGAUAUUUGUUAGCAUUAUCUACGCCUACAAGGGCUUGUUGUUGGUUUUCGGCGCCUUCUUGGCCUGGGAAACGCGACAUGUCUCCAUACCAGCCCUGAAUGAUUCCAAGCAUAUUGGUUUCUCAGUUUACAAUGUGUUCAUCACGUGCAUCGCCGGCGCCGCCAUAUCGCUGGUGCUAUCGGAUCGCAAGGAUUUAGUUUUUGUCUUACUCUCGUUUUUUAUCAUUUUUUGUACGACAGCCACUUUGUGUUUGGUGUUCGUACCGAAAGUAAGACUGGUACUUGUGGAGCUCAAGCGUAAUCCGCAAGGUGUUGUGGACAAACGAGUGCGUGCCACAUUGCGUCCCAUGUCCAAGAACAGGCGCGACUCCUCCGUCUGUGAACUGGAGCAGCGUCUGCGCGAUGUGAAGAACACGAACUGUCGCUUCCGCAAAGCUCUGAUGGAGAAGGAGAACGAAUUGCAGGCGCUGAUACGUAAGUUGGGACCCGAGGCACGCAAGUGGAUCGAUGGUGUCACCUGCUCGGGUGGUGGAACCACCGAUCUGGAGCCAAUACUGAGCGAGGAUAUAGCGAGGUUAUCGGCGCCGCCAGUGCGUCGUGAGAUGCCAAGCACUACAGUUACCGAGCUGACCUCCGUGGAUAGCAUCACGUCCACGCAUGUGGAAAUGGACAACUCCUUUGUCUCCGUGCAGUGCACAACGCUGGCGCCAUCGUUGCCCCCUAAAAAGAAGAAGCAAUCAAUUGUGGAGCAUCAUGCGCCUGCCAUGAUGCAGCCCAUACAGCAGCAGUUGCAGCAACAUCUGCAACAGCAGCAGCAAAUGCAACAGCAACAACAACAGCAGCAGCAACAACAGCAGCAGCAACACCAACAACAACAGCAGCAACAGCAACAUCAACACCAUCGGCAUUUAGAGAAACGCAAUUCGGUCUCGGCGCAAACAGACGCCAACAUUGGCAGCAUCACAAGCAGCGCUGGCAAACGGACUUCGAAUGAUUGUGCCGCGAUGAGGGAGCGUCGGCAAUCGAAUGCAUCCCGGCACUAUGAGAGCGGCAGUCAGACACCAACAGCGAAGCCCAAGUACAGCAGCACACAUCGAAACUCCUCCACAAACAUUUCCACCUCGCAAUCGGAGCUGAGCAACGUUUGUCCGCACAGCAAGCCCGGCACGCCAGGUGUCAUUAAAACUCCCACUGCCUCGGAUCAUCGACGCACAAGCAUGGGAUCGGCGCUCAAGUCCAACUUUGUGGUGUCGCAGAGCGAUCUCUGGGAUACGCACACACUGUCGCAUGCCAAGCAGCAUUCACGCCAAUCGCAACGGACGUAUGCGAGUCCACAACGCUGCUCAGAGCAUCAUGGUCAUGUGAUGGCCUACGAGCAGAGCACAACGUCACCCAUACAGCGUUCGGUGUCCGAGAAGAAUCGCAACAAGCAUCGACCCAAGCCACAGAAGGGCACCAUUUGCCAGAGCGAAACGGACAGCGAACGGGAACGGGAGCCAACUCCAACCAGUGUCCAGCCGUGUUCACAGCCACGUAAAUUCAAUCGCAAUUCCAACAUUCAGCAUGCGGCACAUCAUCACAGCUCACCGAAUGUGGCGCCCGACAAGCAGCGUAAGCAUCGCAAUAAAACGGAGCAUUCGAUCUAUGGCGCCAGCUCGGAGACGGAACUGAUUGAAGGAGAGACGGCAAUUUUGCCCAUAUUCCGUAAACUGCUGACGGAGAAGAGUCCCAACUAUCGUGGUCGCAGUGCGGUUGGCCAGAGUUGUCCGAAUAUAUCCAUCAAAUGCGAUAUCGUUGAAUACUUGUAAGGCGCAAAGCAUGAAACACACACACGAAUAAUACAUAAUAUUGCAGGCAAUCCGAAGGCAUUCGAAUCGAGUCGAUCCGAUCCGAUUCGAAUGCUGUUUUUAGCCAUUUAGGUCAAUUUGUAGCAUAAUCUCCACACAGAAUGCAUAAGUGCAUUGUCUACUACUAAAUGUGAAGCGGAUUACACGAGUUCGUAAGAUGCUAGCACACCAAAUAUUUGAGAUACCUAGUUGAGAAAUAAAACAGAAUUAUAAUA